AUGGCUGUGAAAACUUUCCAAAAAGAAGAUGAAAACACACUAGAUUCAGAUCCUCAACAAGAACAACAAGAACAACCAGAUUCACAAAUAAAUUAUAAUGAUGCAAUAGAAUAUUGGUCAUCAGUACCAGCAUCAAUAAAUGGAGUAUUAGGAGGUUAUGGAGAACAAACAUCUGUUCCUAAACUGGAUAUUAUAGGAUCACAAACUUUUUUAAGAAAAUUACAAACAAGAAUGCAACCACCUACCGCUGAUCAGCCCAAGAUAACAAUUGAUAUGGGUGCUGGAAUUGGUAGAAUUACAAGAGAUUUAUUAUGGAAAAUUAGUGAUUCCGUUGAUUUAUUAGAACCUGUUAAACCAUUUGUAAAUCAAAUUCCAAUAGAAUUAAAAUUAGUUAAAGAAAAAGGUAAAUUGGGAGAUAUAUACCCAAUUGGAAUGCAAGAUUGGAUACCUUCAAAAAAAUAUUGGUUAAUUUGGUGUCAAUGGUGUGUUGGACAAUUACCAGAUGAUGAAUUAAUAAAAUUUUGGAUCAAAUGUAAAAAUUCCCUAGUUGAAAAUGGUACAAUGAUUGUUAAAGAAAAUAUUGCUCCAAUUAAUGAUAUAUUUGAUGAAACUGAUUCAUCAGUAACAAGAACUGAUUCAAAAUUUAGACAAUUAUUUAUUGAUUCAGGUUUUAAAUUAAUUGCAAGUGAUUUACAAAAAGGUUUACCAAAAGAAUUAUAUCCUGUUAGAAUGUAUUGUUUAAAAGUAGCACCAGCAUGA